CUUCCGAAUUCCCUCAGCCCCUCGCCAGCUGGCCCGAAAAGCAAUCCUGCACUGCUGCAGCUGCAGAUUGCACCUCAUCUUGCACCUGCCCUCCUGCCUCCACAUGGUCUGUGGUCAGUCUACACACGAGCACAGACAUACACAGAAGGAACCGACCACCCUGCCACUUGCCACCUCACCUCGCCUUGUGAGCGUGACCAACUUGGAAGUGACGAGACGGACUGACGGACUCGCAUUGUCUUGGUCUCCCUGCAUUGUCUACGACGUACGUCCGUAGGCGAGACUGCUUGGGUUUGGUCUUGGUUCUCCACUCCUGCCUGCUCUGCUGCAGCCUGGAAUUUAUUCUGGUACAAUGUCCCAACCAAGCCAGGUACGUACCGUUCAUGUACACUCAAUUGGACUACCGUCUGGUGGUCCGUGAUGGUAGACGCCGCUUGCCGUCCAACACUGCCAAACCACACUUGGCAAACCUGGCCAUGCUGCCGUGGUCACCAGAACAGCUUGUUGUUGCUGGUUCUUGCCCAUGCCAUCUCCCCCUGCUCACCAAGCAGGUGUGUGUGUGGUGUGGUGCACCAACAACAACUUCAAAACACCAAUUGUGCAAUCCAUCAAUCUCCUCCCAUCGCCGGGGGUCACUUUGUUGCUUUGCCAACUCGAGAUUCGCCGAAACGGGCGUCGUGCAUUACAGCUUCUUGCUUCGACUGGUGCACAAGAUGCCUGAAUGCCUGCUCGAGCAAGGAAAACAAAUCCUCAUCACGGCACAUCCAGCAUGCUUGACCCAAUCACAAUCAAACGCCUCCCCUGCCAGCUGCCAGCCAGCCUGCCCGACCUCGCCAACAAGCACAGGCAGAGACAGGCAGAGGAGACAGACAGACAGACAGACAGACAGCUUGCAAUCUGACACCCCCUCGAUGCCCGUGUCUCACUCUUCAAGCCUCGCGUGUGCCCAGCCAGACGAUCAAUCAGUCAAUCAAUUGAGCAUUGUCUCUCCCCCAUCCCGCCAUUGAGCCCUGGCGGCUCUCGUGUGG